AAUAUGAACGCUUCCCAACCUAACGGAACAGAAGUUUCGUCAAUUUUGAACUUUCGAAUUUUUAAUGUGAGUUCCCAAGAUCACGAGUUCCCAGCUCAAGAUUUGAUUAGUCUAGUUUCAACAACAAAGCAUAAUGGGUGGCAAUCUCAGCGCUUCUGUACUUAUCCUCAGGAAUUGAUACUUCAAUUCGAACAGACAGUGCAUUUGACUCAGGUCCAAUUCUUGAUGCACGAAACUAAGAUUCCAACACUUAUUGAAUUGUUCAUCUCAAGUCCUAAAAAUGAAGCGUUAAUGUCAUCAGCCGAUUAUUCUAGACUAGGCCAUUUCACUUUGACCGACAGUUCUACAAAUAAUUGUCUUGAGAAAGAGAAAUAUAAAUCAAGAGAGCUUAAAUCAGUGUUUCUAGACCACAACUGCAAAUACCUGAAGAUUUGCCUAGAAAAGCCUUACUUUAGCAAGCAUAAUCCUUUUAAUCAAGUUGGAAUCGCAAGUAUAGUUUGUCAUGGAUAUGGAGUUACUACAUACGAAGAAGAUCCAAGUUAUGGCAAUUUCACUCCUGUACCUAACCUGAACCAGAGUUACCCAGCCCAAGACCAAGACAACCAAUCUCUUCUCCAAAACAAGAGUCCUGAAGAAGAAAUUACCGAUCCAGCCUUAAGGUCUAAACUUGAACCGCUAAUUUACAAAAAGCAAGAAUGAGUUCAAAGAGAAGAUUUUGACCAAGCUAAAUACCUUAAAGAAAUUAUGGAUAAAAUUACAGCUCUGGAUUUUCAAAAGAAUCAGAGUGUGGCAGCAGAAGAUUAUGACACAGCUAAGAUGAUUAAGUAUCAAAUAGAGAAUCUAAUCAACCAAACCUUGACUGGUGAAAGUCUUGAGCAAUUCCAAACAGAAACAAAUCUGAUCCAGACUCCACCUCCAAGAUAUUUGGGAGACAUAGAAGAGAUGGAAGGAGAAGAAGAUGAGACUAUGUAUCAGCCAUCCAUUGCCACUUCGAAAAGAGAAAGACCCAUCCAACCAGCAGCACCUGACUUAUAUUCUGGAAAUUAUGACUUUGAAGCACUUGAGAAAGAGAGACUUGAAGAAGAAGAAAGAAGAAAGAUGAUCAAGCAAGAAAUAAAUACAACUAAUGAAGAGUCUAAAAUGCCUCAUAUUCAAAGUCAGAUUAACGGAGAAUCUUUCAAAGAAGGAUCUUUAGCUAACGACCGCAUUCCUGGACAUCAUAAAAUUAAUUUUGAUGACAAUCCUGAAGAAUUUGCUCGAGAACUUGAGGAGAAUCUUAAAGAAGUGGAAGAUGUCCCAGCUGAUAAGAGAGAAAUGGCAGAAUCCCUCAGUCAAAUCUUUGAUGAGGAUAUUAUCAAGCAUAUCCUCUCAACUAAAUGGCAGCAAAGAGUCAAAGGAUUUGAAAUGGCAAAUGGCUACACUCUUUCUAUUCUUCAAAAAGCAGAUGAUAUCAUAGCUGUCCAGAAUUUAAUAUUUUCUGUGAUAGAAGAAGGCUUGAUGGAUAAGAUCCACCAUGUCAACUUGAAGGCAAUGAAAAUGUGCGAAACUUACAUCUCAGCUAAAGUAUCUCAAAAUUCAAAGCCUAUUAACGAGAUAAAAAACUUUGAGAAUAUUAUCGUGCUCCUCUUUGACAAACUUGCUGUGGCAAAGAUGACUAAAGCAGCAGAAGAAUGAAUCAUUCAGAUAAUAAAUUCUGAGUUUGUGAAUUUGGACUCUUUCAUAGAUUUCAUGUUUGAUCCUACCUCAUUCAUGGAAGAGAAGACUAAGGGAUCCUAUAUCCACUUAACUCCAAGAUUUAAGAUUGCUCAAACGGUUAUUAACAAUAUUAGAAUGCUUGAGUCCAGUGGAAGAACAAAAAUAAGCAGCCUUCCUCUUUUAAACCUCGAGGACUGAAUAGCUGGUUCAACCUCAGUGAAUUCCAAGGAAUACAGAGAACUCUUGAAGCAGGUUAUCCUUGAUCUUUACAAUGCUUUUGGCUUCAGGCAUAUUGAAGAUUUUAUUCACAAAGUUGAUGUAAAGUUCUUAGAGCAAGUUUCAGACCCAAAGAAGACUCCAGAAAUCCAUGAUUAUUUGCAACAUGUAGACGGUGUUCCAGAAUAAAUUUAUCAAGAUUCCAAUAA